AUUAGCUGCUCGAAUAAAAAUGCAUAUUAGAUACAUAACUUCUGUACAUGUACAUGUCGUUUAGUCCUCAUGUGUUGAGGUGGUUAGUUAUUAUACCCAGAAGGUUUUUCAAACGGCUGCCCGGACCGUGACGUAUGUGUUCAUGCGUGAAUCGUUUCGCUGUCAUUGCAGCGUUCCAUAAAACCCAGAAAUUUAAUGGCAGGCAGAAUGACGGAAGCUGUUGAACAUGCAGAGGAGGAUGACAACGGGCGAUCAACGUUCCCUCCGCCGCUGUCACACCGAGAGCGAUUCCCGGUGCAGAAGAACAAUGUGUGUUCACGGUCCUACUUUGUCGUGGUCAUGGUGUUCUUCCACGUCUACAUCCUAAACGUCAUUGCACUGUUACUCUACGUGCACUACAACACCGGCUCUGAUCCCGGCGCCGCCUCCGGCACAGAGUUCAGCAGCCGGACUAGAGUCGCUGAAGCCGCAGUGCAGCCAGCUUCUCACAAUCACCUUCCGCGCAUCGAAGGGAUACGGGUUGGUCAUGUGCAAAAAGUAUCUCUGGUGCCAGGGAAAUUGCAUGAAAUGAAGACCCUCAGUCUGAAGCCUUUGCUCUUUGAAAUUCCUGGUUUUCUCUCUGAGAGAGAAUGCGCGGUGGUGAUGCGCUUGGCUCAGCUGAAGGGCCUGGUGGAAAGUCAAGUCAUGGUACCCGAGGGACAGGAAGAGCUCAGUCAGCAGCUCAACCUCAGUGCGGAAGAGAUCUUCCAUUUGCUUGACCUCAAUCAGGAUGGCCAGCUGCAGCCACAUGAGAUUUUAACACAUUCCAGAGUGAGAGAUGGUAUCUGGCUGACUCCUGAGAACCUCAGAGAGAUCUACGCUGGCCUCAAGGUGGACCAGGAUGGCAAUGGUUUAUUGAGUAUAGAGGAGUUUGGGCAGUUGAGCAGUGACGCAUUCCAGCGCUUCCUGUAUCAGCGAGGGGUGAACAGAAAUCAGUUAGUGAGGAACAGCAGACACACGUGGCUCUACCAGGGUCAGGGAGCACACCAGGUUCUUAGAGACCUCCGCAACAGAGUCACACGUUUAACAAGGCUUCCAUCUGCAUUAGUGGAGUUGAGCGAACCUCUUCAGGUGGUGCGUUAUGAACAAGGUGGGCAUUACCAUGCUCAUCAUGACAGUGGGCCAGUUUACCCUGAAACAACCUGCACACACACUCACCCCACUGUCAACUCCUCAUCGCCGUUCCAGACUUCCUGCAGGUACAUUACUGUACUGUUUUAUCUGAACACGGUGGAGGAAGGAGGAGAAACCACUUUUCCUGUAGCAGACAACAGAACCUAUGACGAAGUGUCUCUUAUACAAGACAAUGUUGAUUUGUUGGACACAAGAAAGCACUGUGAUAAAGGGAACCUGAGAGUGAAGCCUACAAUGGGCAAAGCAGUUUUCUGGUACAACUAUCUGUCUGAUGGAAAUGGCUGGGUGGGUGAACAGGAUGAGUAUGCACUACAUGGAGGUUGUGUUGUCACUCGAGGGGUAAAAUGGAUCGCCAACAACUGGAUCAAUGUUGACCCAGACUACCAACGGCAAGCCCGGUACGAGCAGCUCAUGUCUCAGCAGCCAGAACCUCAGGAUCAGCAGCACACAGAUACACACCAGGACCUGUAACAACAUGUGUGUAUUUUACAAGAUUUGGAGUACCCAUGCGUCUGUUUGUCCACAAACACAGACACAGGAGGAUCGGUAGAGCACGCACACACAGGCAUGCACAAGCAUAUACAGAAACACUGUGCUGGAUCAUGCACCUGGAGAUACACAAAGAAUGAUAUGUAUGGACCAACAUGCAUAUAAAUGUAAAUUUACAUUUAUAUGUCAUUAAAAAUAAUUAUUGGGACACAGGGAUACAAAUAAUACUUGCACAUGUGGUACAUGGUACUUUGUAGAGUAUUUAAUUUAUUUCAUCCAAUAUUUAUUAACAUUUUAAAAAUUAUGUUAUGUAGAGAGAGAGAGAGAGAGAGA